AUUCUCUGAAAAUAUCCUCAUACUGGAUGUUGGUUGUACAGAGGGCUUUUUGUUUUUUGCGUUGCAAUACGAAGGGGGAAUUUAUUUUUCACACGUGGAUAACUAAUGGAUGCCAUCUUUGGAUUUUAUACCUAGUAAUGACACAAACCUUCAUGAACGCGCACUCAACACUAGUGUUGAUGUCUACUUACUUGAAGAUUCAGACAUGAAUGUCCAGAGUCAUGAUGAAAAUGCCCCACUUCUCGGAGAUGACAGUGAUAAUUUUUCUCCUGAUUCAUAUUCACCACUUGUAAAUGAUGUGCACAACGAUGCAGACUUCAACAAGGUUGUGCAAAUGUCGUUGCAGGCCAUUGAAUCUGGAAUCCAUCCUGAAAGGAUUUAUCAAGGAUCGAGUGGUAGUUAUUUUGUGAAGAAUAUAGAUGGCAAAAAAAUAGCAGUAUUUAAACCUAAAGAUGAAGAGCCUUAUGGCAAGCUUAACCCAAAAUGGACUAAAUGGAUGCACAAACAUUGUUGCCCGUGUUGUUUUGGCCGUUCAUGUUUAGUUCCAAAUCAAGGCUAUCUAUCAGAGGCCGGUGCUAGCCUUGUUGAUCAAAAACUCCGACUUAAUAUUGUUCCCACAACAAGAGUUGUUCGUUUAGUAAGCGACAGUUUUAACUAUAGUCCCGUUGACCGUGCAAAAUCUAAGACAAAGCAACAUGUGGCGUCACGUUUCCCUGAGAUUGGUCGUCAUUUUAAUCGUCUUGGACUUCCUCCCAAGAUUGGAUCUUUUCAACUUUUUGUUCCCGAUUGUGAAGAUGCCGAUUACUGGCUUCGUCAUUUCGACAAUGAGUCACUUCCUAAGCCCACUGCCAAAGAAUUCCAAUUCCAAUUUGAGAAGCUUGUCGUCCUUGACUACCUCAUUCGUAAUACAGAUCGUGGAAACGAUAACUGGCUUAUCCGUUAUCAUAGUCCAGAAUUGAAAGAAGGAACCGAUGAGACUACUAAAGACGAUUGGGGAGUUAUUGGUAUGCCAAAGAUUGAAUUGUUUGCAAUUGACAAUGGUUUGGCCUUCCCUUUUAAACAUCCUGAUGAAUGGAGAGCAUAUCCAUUUUACUGGGCUUGGCUUCCUAUGGCUAAAGAACCAUUCUCAGAUUUAAUAAGAGAGGCUGUUCUUCCAUUAUUAUCUGAUGUACACUUUAUAAACGGCCUGGUUCGAGAUCUUCAUAAUUUAUUCAAAAUUGAUCCAGGUUUUGAUCUGUCUACAUUUCAAAGGCAAAUGUCAGUUCUACGUGGUCAGGUUGUUAACUUAAUUGCAGCUUUACGUGAUUCAAAAAGUCCAUAUGAUCUAGUUAGAAUGCCAGUACUUACACUAGAAUUAUCUACUAAAAAGCGUUAUAAUAAACCACGUUGGCCUCAUCAACGAUUAGCUGCUGGUUUAGCUCAUGGCACCACUACAAGUACUACUAAUGAUGAUGAUAGUAUUGAUUAUUUUAGAAGUUAUACCCAUCACCCUAGAGUUGAUGUUAUUCAUCCAGUUGUUAGUGUAAAUACUGAUCAACAGUCAGUGUCAGUUGAUACUAAUCAAAUGCAUAAUUUAAUCGGUUACAAUAAUUGUACGGAUUUAAAUAAUAUUCAACCAACUACAAGCAUAACUCAGAGUAAUAGUACUGUUGCUGCAGGUGACAAUAAUGCCUAUGCGAUUGCUGUAGAUACUGAGGAGGAUGGUGGUAUUGAUGUCUUAGAACAUGGAUUAGUUGCUUUACCUUCUUUUAAGCCUAAACAAUCUAUGUCAACUGAUAAAGCAGCUGAAGUUGAUCUUGCUACUACUACCAGUCUUGGUGAUGAUGUACCAGAAGAUGAUGAGGAUGCUGAACAACGUUUUAAUUUACGUUAUUAUAAAAAACCAUUUUUCAGUUGGUUUUGAAAUAAAUUGAUUUCAUAAUUUAUGAAAUUGAUGUAUAAUUUUUAGAAUUUUUCAUGCAAGCUUCUCAGUGUCUUUCCGUUAUAUUCCAUCAUUAUCUGACCAUUACGGACAAUUAACUCAAAAUGUAUUGGAUCAGUAUUGUCCUUUUCUUCUUCAGUUAAUUUCUUCUCAUAUGAAUUAUAUGGUAUGCGUACUUAUGUAUGUAUUCACUUUAUCUGAAAGGGGAAGAUGUCAGUUGAUCGUCUGGAUAGUUUACUUUUGUCUCUAUUCCUUUUGUUUUCAUUUUCUAACGACUGAAACCUAGUAUUAUUACUAUUAUUUGAUUGUUGUUUUUGUCACUGUUUGAUGUAUGUUGUACUCGUUACACCCAUUUCUUUAUCUUCUCUUUGCCUUCUUCCAUUUUACCAUUCUGAUUGUUUAUUUUUCAUAAAGAUAUCUUUAUGGACUGCUUCUGUGUAUGUGUGUGUGCGUAUAGCGUCCUUCAACUUGAAAUCAGAUAUACUUGGGACUUUUCAAUGUGUUUUCGCGUCACACUAGAUUACUGGAAAUGCUGUUUACGAAUGAAUGGCUGUGGCAUCUGGUUAACUACUUUUUUUUUGUGUGUGUACAUCUGUAAUAUUGUGUAUUUGAUCUUGCACAGGUUAUCUUUAUUUGUAUAAUUCAAUUGCAAUUUUUAUUUAAUUAAUUAAUUGAAUUUAUCUCAUCUCUUGUCGAAUUCAUUAUUUUGUAUCAAAAAAAUAAUAAAAUGAUGAACAGAGUUGUAUGGUAUGUUCACUUUUUUUCUUCAUUUCUUUGUAAACUUUAGUGGAACACAUUAGGGCUUCAAGCCUUGUGGUUUGAAGUUUCAUUAUUGAUGGUGUUAUUUCCCAUUACGUGAUGGGAUGGCUAGCCUUAUACCUUAAGCCCCCUCUUUUCCAGGCUUACUAUUGGCUAGCCAGGGUUCACGAGUCGAACUCAAACCAUUUGUGUGUCUGACGACCAUUCUACCAUUGAACCACCGACACGUGUUAUGUUCACUGGCUGUAUUUUUCAAUAAAAGAUGAGUAACUUCUUUCUUGUUCUUUUCUCCCAUCCUUUCUUUCUGUGCAUAAAUUGUGAUCUCUUUAACUUGAAUACAACCCAGAAGUAAUCUCCGAAAAAGUUAAUUUGUUAGUUAACUGAAUUUCAGUUAUCCAGAACAAAUUUCCAAUGCAUCAGGCUAGAUUAGUCAUACUUAUUGUGUGAAAGAGUUGGUAGUGAUAUUACCAUCUAGUUGGUCAGGCUAAAGUAGGUGGAAUUGGGUUCGAACCCGGGAAAACAACUACUACUGGGAGACGGUUGAAAGUUGAGUGCCUUAACUAGUGAAAUACAUCUCUACAGUAUAAGCACUUCUUUAAUACUGUUGUAUUACUGAACGCUCCUGUUGUAUUGUUAUCGUUAUGCGCUGUGUGGAAUUAUAGCAUGCAUAGAAAAAGGUAAAGUGGUUGGUGUUUUGACUUAUAUUGGGAAAGUUUACAAAUGAGAUCAUUAUCUUCCCUGACGUAGAUGGAGCACUUCAUGUGUGUACUAAUGGCAUUUCAAACUUACCUUCAACUGGGAACAUGACACUGAUUGCUGAAGCUUUAGUGACUUAUCAAUCUAUCUAUUACAGUUCAACGGAACGCCAGUGGGUUAAGCCGAGUGGUAACAUCUCUGACUGUAGCACUGGUUGAUGCAGUUUUGAAUCUCUUUGUAAAUAUCAGUUCCAUCAAGUUUACAAAUACGCCUUCCUGACGAAUCUGAAAAUACAUGAAACCUAAGUCAAAGUCAAUUGCUUUGAACCAUCUGACAUCAUUUAGAAGUAUAUUACCAUGGUGAAUCACCUAGCUUGGGGAUCAUCUUUUAAACAUAACUGUUUCUUUUUUGUUCACGUUCAAUCUCCGGAAGAGAUCUUUCAUGCAUCAGGCUAAAAAAGCCAUGCUUCUUAUGUGAAGGUGAGAGCUGGCUGUUAGCCAAAAUUGGUGGACAGCAAUUUACGUCAAUGUUUGUAUCCCCAACAUUGGUCGUGAGAAAACAGGCUUUGCGUGGUCGGAUGCAGUUAGCAUAUAGAUGAUCUGACAUUCAAGAGACAGACACAAAGAGAUGGAAGAUUAACUUUCAGUGAGAAACAACCAAUCAGAAGACUGUUUUUCUGCUAACAAUAAUCUAUAAUAUGUACAUGAAAAUCUAUAAAUAUGUGUUGAUUUCUUUAAUAAAGGAUCUGUUGCCUGGCCCUUGUCUUCUGUUGUUACA